ACUAGAAACUGUCCAGUGCUGGAAAGAUCUACUUUUGAUACGAGUCAGUGCCUGCAGGGCAUCUACGAGGACCUGAACGCCUACAGGACAGAGCUGAAGAACUUUGAUGAUCAGAAGGUGCUGACAACUAUUGAUGAAAUGAUGAAAGUGCUGAAGACCAGUGGUGGGAGUGUGCCACAGCAGCUGGCGGGCACAGGGCUCACCUCCUUCAAGGAGAGGCUGAGGCUCUGUGGUGUCCUUCACGCCUUCCUAAUCCGCACCGUCACCAUCAACAGGAUGAUGAACUACCUGGCCUCCCCAGAGAGCUCAUAA